AUGUUGGACAGUGAAUGCUCCAUUGCAUUAAAGUACAAAGGAUCGUAUACCAAGGGUAUCUUGAUUAAAGUGCUACCUGUCGCGAUUUUAAUGUCAUUAGGCUCGUAUUGCUACUAUUACUCUUUAACGCUGAUUCCUGCUGGCGAUUUCACAGCAAUAUUAUCAUCAAAUAUUGCUCUUAUCUACGUAUUAUCAAUUUUUUGGUUGAAAGAACCGACUAUUUUAAUACGGAUAUUCGCAGUUUUACUAUCCGUUACAGGAGUAGUUUUGUUUGCAUACUCGAAUGGAUUCGAAGGAGCCACUGCCCUCGGAAUAAUAUUAGCUUUCUGCCUAGCUGUUUUAUCUUCCAUUUAUAGGGUAUCUUUGAAGGUUGUCCUCGCUAACGCUAGUAUUGGUAAAAGUGCCCUUUAUACGUCUGCUAUGAGUAUUUGCAUAACACUGACGGUGUGGCCAGUUGUGCUAGUCUUUCAUGUUACUAACUUCGAGGUUAUAAAGUGGCCUGAUUUGCCGUGGGAUAAUUUAAACUCUAUUGCUGGAUUGGGAGUGCUGUUCAACAGCUUAUUGAUAUUCGGAAUAGGAAUAACUUAUCCAAUAUUUAUUUCUCUUGGUGUGUUAUUAGGUAUCCCUGGUAAUGCUAUUGUAGAUUUAAUAUUUCGUCAAAUUUAUUUUGAUUAUAUUAAAGUGAUUGGAGCUCUAUGCAUUUGUUGUGGCUUUUUAAUAUUACUCAUACCUGAAGAGAGAGCUCUUAGAAUUUCUAAUUCAUUUAUCGCAGUUUGUAAAAAGCGUCAUUUACAGAAUGAUGUAUCAGUUAGUAAUAACAAAACUGUUACUGUUAUAUAUGAAACCCAAGUUUAG